AUGACCCGCAACGCGCCCGACUUGGCGGCGGACCUGCUGCAGGUCCAGCAGCUGUUUGCCAACAACUACCUGAGCGACGUGCAGUUCCUCUUCUCGUCGGACGCGUCUGGACGCGACGCGCUGGACGCCGUGACGGCUGGCAACAGCAACAGCGACAGGCGCGGCGCUCGGCUGGGCCAUCUGAUUCCAGCCCACCGUCUCGUGCUCUCGCUCCGCAGUGGUGCGUUCCACGCGGCGCUGCAACGCGCCAAGAGCAGCCACGCGCCGGGUCACGUGCGGUUUCCGCUGAAGAUCCACGUGCACGACACGCCCUACCGCGUGUUUUAUGCGCUGCUGCGGUUCUUGUACACGAACGAGCUGGACGCUGAGGACGUGCGGGACGACGAGAUGCACAGCUGCGAGCAGUUUUGGCUCCAGCUGUUGCGUGCGGCGUUCGUGUACUUAGUACCGCCACUCGUUGCCAUUUGUGUCCAGAGGAUUGGGGACGUGUUGGGGCAUUGGGAAGGCGGCAAAGUGGAGGAAAAGGAAGAGCGCGAGGCAACGACGCAACAAGUGUACAAGAAGACGUUAGACGUGUUGGUGUUCAUGGACACGGUGCUGGCUGCAAAUCCACUCACUGCUCGACGAAGAGGAGACGCGGACGCGGCGCUGCCGUCGUCGCAGACUGGGCAGCGAGCGACUGGAGGAGACUCGAGUGUGUCUGCGCUGGGAAAGUGCACCGAGGCAGUACAUCGACUCCAGAGUAUGUGCAUGCAACAGCUUCAACGGAUGGACGACGUAGCGUUUCAGGAACUUGUCCAGAGCGACACUGGUGGACGGUGCUCGACGGAGCGAUUGUGCGAGAUCCUGCGACUGCGGUCCGACACGCCACUGGUUGUGGCAGUUCGGUACCAGCUUGGUCGCGUCGUGAAUGAAUUGCUGCGGCUUGGGGAGCCCUUGAAUCGGGUUGGACACGACGAGACCGACUUGCCACUGGUGGCAGCGCUGAAAAGCGGUAACAGCGCGAUCACCCGUCGGCUCCUGGUCGACGACAGUGCGCCGUUUUUCCUUCUCACGGACAAGAUACCUCUGAUCUUUCUCGCAGCUGCGAGUGGCAAUGUACAGCACUGCGAGAUUCUGGUCGAACAGAAUGCAGCCGACGUCAACUUGAUCUCGCGACUGAAAGACGGAGAUAAAGACAUUACAGCUGAGUUUGGACACCAGCAAACACCUCUGCACAUUGCCAGUCGAAAGGGUCACAGUGCAGUGGUGGAGCUGUUGCUGCAGCACAAUGCCGCUGCGAAUUUGCCUGACGAGGAAGGAAACACAGCACUGCAUUACGCGGCUAAUAUCGAGACAGUGCAGGUCUUGUUGAACAACGCAUUCCGAACGAACGCCAAUAUUCCGAACCGCCGAGGACAGACACCGCUGCACAUUGCUGCUGCGCGAGGCGACGUUGCCGUGGUAGCCUACCUCAUUCGCCAUGGCGCAGCACACGAGAUUGUCGACGAUCAAGGCCAGAACGCGUUCCAUCAUGCUGCUGCGAACGGGCACACAGCAGUCGCGCUGGUUUUACUUCACGAUACCGAUGGGUCAAGACCGAAAACGCUAGCAACAAGUCCCGAUCGAAGUCCUGCAAGUAGCGCGUCGACAGACGAUUCUCGCUCGGACAAAUCUCAGCAGCCGGUCGAACCGACGAACAGCAGUGAUGUGAAUGCAACUCACGAGCCCUCGGACGAGCUCGACACGUCGAGCAGGUUUGAUAUCAACCAAGAAGACCUCAAGGGCAACACGGGUCUUCACCUCGCUGCAAUGUCGCCGUCCGAUCGCUGUCAAAAGAUGCUCCAGCUUCUUCUCGAGAACGGCGCCGACCCAAACCGAUCCAACUGGUUUGGCUACACGCCGCUGCACGUCUUUUGCUCGCACCAGAGUGGACCAGCGUUCCUUGUCAACUCGUUUAUCGAACACGGCGUCAACAUCCACGCACAGAGCUUAGACGGCAGCACCGCACUGCACCUGGCGGUCGGCCGAGCGAGUCAGGACGUUGCUGUCGCUUUGGUCAGCGCAGGGGCCUACGUGCACUUGCUCGACGCCGCCGGUCGCAGCGUCGUCCACCUCGUCGAGAGCACGAAUCAAGGCGCGAUGCUCGUCCCCGUGCUGCGCAACCUGUCGCGUGCCCCCGAGCGCGUCAGCGACGAGCAGGCGACAGAGUGCUCGGCGUGCCACGUUGCGUUCCGCCUGGCGAUGCGCCGCUACUAUUGUCGCCACUGUGGCCGCACGCUGUGCUACAACUGCGCGGGCCACACGAUUGCGAUCCCCAAGUUCCACGUGCUCCGGCCGGACCGCGUCUGCCGCACGUGUUUCGACGUCUUGUCGUUCCGCAAACUGCUGUAG